AUGAAGGAGAUGCAGGACAAAAAGGCCGAGUUCAUCGAGUACUGCCACGAGGUGGAGCUCGAAAAUGAUCGCAAUAUGGUGUCCACCCAAACCGAGUACGAAAACAAGUUAACCACCGAGAGGAAUGAGACGCAGAUGUGGCGCGGGAAGGCUGGAGUCCUUCAGAAGAAAUUCGAGUCUCAGAGCAAGGAAAUCGACAAUCUUCUUGAAGAGGUGGAGAUACUCAAAGAGGAGCACCAGAAAUCCCAACGUAAUAUACAGAAACAGCUUCGCAACAUUGAAGAUCUGCAAAAGGACAUUGCCGAUCGUGACUAUGCCAUCAAUGGCAAAGAAAAGCGAAUCCAGGACCUGCUGCACAAGAACCAGGAACUGGACAAAUACAAGCAGGUGCUGGGCCAUAAGAUCGCCGAGUUAAAGGCCCAGAUAGAACCAAGGGAGUUUCAGAUCAACGACAAGCGAAAGCACAUCAUUGAAAUGGAGGCGGAGCUGGAAGGCCUCAACCAGAAUAAUCUCCAGUUGGAGCUGCAGUUGAAGGAGAUGCGCGACAAGUACCUAAGCAAUUCCGUCGAGCUUCGGACUGAGCGCCAUCGGGCGAAGGCCUCCCGGGAGUGUUUGCAUGCCAUCUGCUCGGAUAUCUACUAUGUGGCCGGGGAGAUUAACUCAAGCGAAGGCCUCAAGAAGGCCGUGAAGGAACUCUUCCGCAAGCACGCCUCCGACGACGAGCUCAAGCGCUUCGUUAGCCUGGAGGCGGAGGUGAAGGAUGAGUUUAUGCGACAACGCAAGCAAAUCGAAAAUGUCCUGGCGCGGUACAAAACGGUGGCUGAAGACAAGACGGUGCAAAGGAAGUACGACAAGCUUUUCAAGGAGAAUGUUGUUUUGCUGGAGGAAAUCGAAAAGCUGCAAGAGACCAACAAAGUACUGCGCAGCAAGCUCAAGGAAGACAUACGGCGAUCAACGCUCCAAAAAAAAUAA